AUGUCUCAAUGGGAUACUAAUGUAACCAUUGGGGGGCAGAACGUAACCUUGGAAAUUGACACAGGCUCUUCCUUCUUAUGGGUCCUUGAUCCGUCCCUUUCUGCAUUGAACUUCAGUAACCGGGGCACGUAUGACUACACCAAGAGUCGUACAGUGAGCCCCGUGAACGAAACCUUCACCGUUGCGUACGGAGGAGGUCUAGUCACAGGGCGUGUGAUCGAAGAGACCGUCAAAAUCGGUGGCCUCACGUUCAACAACGUUUCGAUGGGUAUCGCCAAUGCUAGUUCUCCGUAUUUCCUUGAACAGCCUUCUAUCGGACUGUUGGGUCUGGGUCCUCAGGCCACCUACGGUAUGAUAGCCCCCCCCCGCGGUAGCCUUGUGGUGCUUUGGUUCAAACUCGGUACCAGUGAUUGGGCGCUGAUCGAACACCUCCGGCACCCAGCUCGAGCCUUACCAACUCCGUUUUCUGUUUCGGAGAUGCAAAGCUUCGCCUUGGACUUCAAAGUUACAGGCUCGGACGGCUCGGCCAGUAUCGAGUUUGGCGGCAUCGAUCAUAGCAAGUACGUAGGCCAACUCGCGAACGCACCCUUGAACAGCACGGGUGGCCACUGGGCGGUCGACGACGUCGACUUCAGCGUUGGGAAUGUGCGCAUGAACACUAGCACAUAUGUUGUUCUUGACACAGGCGCAGGACACAACAUAGCCACCCCGUCGUCAGUUGCUGAAGCCUAUUACAGUCGAGUGCCCGGAGCCGUCUUCGAUGAUCGUAUCGGCGAUGGCAUUUCAUUGUGGUACGUGUCUUCGGCGGUCCGAACUUUGAGCAAUUUUCGAGUCACGGCUUGGGCAAACGCUUCCGAUCCGAAAGUGUUGGGCUUCCCGUUCUUUGAGAACAAUUACGUCGUGUUCAAUCAGACGGGGAAGCCAUCGCUUUUAUACGCCCCGUAUGCAUAG